AUGGACACAUUUAAGACCGUAGUAGAAGCUGCAAAAGCAGCGGGAGCAGAAGCAUGGCUCCCGGCCUUAGUGGAGGCCGAUAUGACCCGGCCAACAGCGCUGGCAACACAUGGCGCAGACCCGCCGGUGUCGGGCAUGCCAGCCGAGACAUGGCGGCAGUUGAGAUCCCACUGUAGCGCACAGCUACCUGGGGCGGGUCGAGGCAGACCCACCAGGAAGGACCAUCCAGUGGCCCAGCCGAGCACUGGGGGGUCACUGGCCAGAGCCCUGGCAGCAGCCGCCAGUAAUGAGAGAGACACCUCAUUACAGUUGUUGAAGAACGACAUAUACUCCCAGUCCAACUCUGGCCCACAGGCCAGCAGAAUGAAGACAUGGAGACAGAUAGCGGCGGCCUGGAAGCUACCUCCGCUACCACUCACACCGGAGCUCAUACAGGCAGUGGGAGCUUCCUUCAAAAGAGGCGGGUAUCGGAGUGCCAGUCUGUACUUCAGCACAGCUCGCAAAGAGCACAUCCUGCAAUACGGGACACUGUCCCAGGACGUUGAAAUCAUCAUCAAGGACGUCAUCAGGUCCAUCGAAAGAGGACAGGGCCCAUCGAAACUGAAGGACAGCUUUAACCUUCGAGACCUGGCCACCAUUGACCUGUCGCAGGAAUCAGAGGCCUUCCGCAUUGACUUCAACAUGGUGAUCUUGGGAUCCUUCUUCCUCACUCGGGAGAUUGAACUGUCUGCCACAUUACGCAGGCACGUGAGGCUGGAUGAAGCCCGCAUGACUGUGUCGUGGACUUUACCGGCGACCAAGACUUGCACACAAGGUGAACUCACGGAGAGGACCCACAAGUGCAUGUGCAAGACACUGCCACAGCAGCUCUGCCCGUACCACUGCAUGGUCGACACAUUGAUCUUGACCACACCUGCCUAUGAGAGAACAGAUGACGGACCACUCUUCUUUGAGGGAUACUCACACAUGUCAAAGGUUUACACCAUCGACGCCAUACGGGCAGUGCUCAAGAAGGCGAACAUCCCGACACAACGGGAAGGGGCCGAAGGAACAGUGGAACGGUUCCACGGCCAUUGCCUGCGGAUCAGCGGCUCACAAGCAUUGAUCCGGAUGGGAUUCAACACCACCCUGGUCAUGCUGCUGGGACGGUGGGGCUCCCAGGCCAUCCUGAGGUACAUUCAGGACAGUCCUUUGCAGGAACUCAUCGACGUCGAUGCUGAGUCUGAAGCUCGUGAACGGGGCAAGCCCAAGGCCUCUAUUGAACCUGAACUGAAGAAGCUCAAGACCGAACAGAAGUUCGUCAAAGAAGCAGUCACGUCACUGCAACAUCGCUGUGACGAGCUGGCACGAGAGGUGGCCGAGCUCAACACCACACCUCCCUACGUCGUGGGCAAGAAAGCACACCGACCAGAUCCAAGAGAGAAAGAACUGCCACCAAUGGCAUGGACCACAAGAUGUGGUUGCCGGGACACAUCAUCCUUUCUCCUUUUUUUUUCAAUUCGUAGAAGCCUGUCGCCAGCCAUGAGAGCCCUGAACCCCGACCUGGCUCAUCUGGCGGAAGAAGCCGGAGUGGACGGGAUCGUCCUCGACUACCUGCGCGCACGCAGGGCACUCUCCAUAGGAGUCCUGGGAUCCAUGGCCACCAACUGGGACGAGGUCGAUGCGAUCCUGGUCAAACCCCUCCUGGACGGGCACACCAUCGAGGGGGUCAAUCACCAGGUCCCAGAAGCUGACGGACCACUGGCGAAAGCACAGAUCAGGUACCUGUGGAAGAUCAGCUACGACCAGCUGGACAAGACAGCGGGCACACCAGCUCCGGUGACCCAGACACCGCCAACCCAGCCCAACACGAGCAGCACAAAGCAGCCACCGAAAGAGCUGCCGCCUGACAUCACCAGAGACCUCUUGGCCAGGUACGAGGACCAGAAGAUUGAUGGGACCCGUAGAGAGUUCCCGCAGAGAAUGCUGCUGGGAUGUGAAAAGAUACUGGCCAGGAUAUGGUGGGAGAUGGAGAACAGCAUGCACACUCCCAUCCAGCUGUAUGAACUCUUGUCCAGCAGAGUGUUCGAUGCCGCCGGGAACCCGAACCCGCUGGCACAAGCAGCGGAAACCAGCAAGAACAAGGUCACGCUGGACCUCACAUCGGGAUGCGGCACCGUCAACAUCACCGACGAUGUGCACUGGAGCCCCAAACGGGUACUGUCCCUACUGGAUGCAUUGGAGGCCAUAGAAUGGGCAUUGAUCUACCUACGCAUGGGGAGCGAAGCAGAGGUGAGAACGUGGAUCUCAUGGUGGCGAUGCCUGGUCAGGACGAAGACACAACGUCUUGAGCAGAUCAAGGCCUACUGGCUCGACGCCAACUGGAAGCUCUGCCUCGAGUUGAGGCAAGGCGGGAGCUCCAGCCAAAUCACCAAGAUGAUCAUGACAGAGCAACACUCACUCCAAGCGGCGCUCCAGAAGGAGAUUCCAGCCCCGAUGCCCAAGAUCAAGCCGCAGGCUCCAACCAAGCAGCCCAAGAACGAGCCAUACCGCACCAACCAGAACUAUGGCAAGGGCGGCACCAAGCGGUGGCAAGAAGAGGCACAGCACAGAGGCGACUUCAUGCAGGAUGACAUCAAUGACAUCAUCCAGCUGAUUGACACAUGGGACCCAGAAGAGAGAGCCAUCGUCCUCAUGUGUGCGGGACCGCCGUGCCCAGACUACUCCCGCAUCACUGAAGGUCCAGGCCGUGAGGGCACAGAGGGAAUCAAAUCCGAGCACUACGCUCAGUGGCAGAAGAAACUCGUGGCCCUCAUCGGAAAACGCAAAGCAGCCAGGCUCACCGAGAACGUGAUCCCCCACAGACGGGGAGACAUUCAAGACUUCGAGACCAAGCUCGGGCACCAGGCCAUCAUCUUCGACGCAGCCGAGUUCAAGAGGAUCUCGAGGCCAAGAGUCUGGUGGACGACCAUUGACUGGGAAGACCCCCAGGUGACCAAAGUGCUGGGGCAACACCUGACAUGGAAGAAACACUUUGGGACUCACAAAGUGUGCUGCCCACAGCCCAUCAGCGAAGUUCACAUACCUGAUGGCUGGAACGCCCCAGAGUGCUGGGCACAAGGCGACAUCAUGCGAUGCCUGACCACGCCAGCACCCACCGAAUCGGGCAGAGCAGCCCCAAGGUCCAGCAAAGGAAAGAUGGACUCUGCCACCUACGGCCGUUGGGUCAACGACAACAGGCAGUAUGCACCCUGGCACUACCACGAGAAUGUGCUGAUGGCCAACCAGAACAACAAGCUCGAGAUACCACCCAUCGAGACGAAGGAGUCACUACAUCACAUCCCCGUGGGAUACACAAACAGCAUGCCAGACAAGCAGAGACACAAGGCAGUGGCCAACAGCUGGCAUGUGGGGGUGGCGAGCUUGCUGAUCUGGAUCCUGCUACUCCAGGCCAGCGCGGCCCAUGCUGCAAGUCACAACACCGUGCCCAAGCCACAGCAGCACACCAACUUCCCCACGUUGGAAUAUCUGGCCCAGCGGUGGGGACAGCCCAACAUGUUGGGGCCCGCAACGGCCACAGCCACAGACAGCCAGCGGGUUGAGAAGAUCACCGACAUGUGGACCCACUGGAAGGAGGCACUGAGUCUCCCAGAUCCGGUCCAGGAACAGAUGCGGCUGGAGCCUCACUUGGAACGAACACUUCAGCUCCAACACGAACUGAGACAGGCACUCACUGACCUCAGACACAGAGCCUGUCAUGAAGUACGCCUUCUGGUCCAGGAUACUCAGCCUGACACGGACGAGUGGUACCACAACUUGAAGCCGCACAUCCAGAAGUUGUACGGCAGCCCAUCCACAUGCAUACAGGUGGUAGCCAUCAAACGCCUGGCAGAGAUCUUCAACUGGGGCGACCCCAUGCUCUUGCAGGAGCUGACGGUUGGAUUCCCAUUGCUGGGGACACUACAACCAGGUUGGGGUUGGCCCAAACGGACAGAUGAGAGAUACCAGAAUCCCAUCUCUCGCAGCCAGCUACACAGACUCAACGAAGAGUACAUUCAGACGAAGCUCCAGAAACACAAGUGUGAUCCUCACUGGAACACAAUGCUACAAGAAAUAGCCAACGAUGUCAAAUCCAACCGCAUGGAGGGCCCGUUCAAGGAGCCGACAUCAUGGCGGUGCAAGACAGUGGCGGCGCCUCAAUUUCAGCACACACAAGCCCUUCGGCCAGGACCCAGUGAACACCCCGUCACCAGCGUGGCCUUCUCCAUCACUCAAACAGGAGCAGAUGGACGAGAAAAAGUCCGCAGAGGUGAAGACUGGAGACGGGGACACCAGAAUGACACCAUUCAGGCCACUGACGCCCCGGUCAACCACAGGCCGAUCACAUUCACGGCCAUAGCUUCAGCCCUGGCCGGCAAACACAAGACAUCAUUGGUCUGGGGGACAGACCAAGAGGACGCAUAUCGUCAACUACCAGUGGAUGAGCCCAAUGACACAUGGGUGAUUUUGUUCACACCGACUGGAGCAACAUUGUGGAGACACAACGCACUGCUCUUCGGCGCCACCCCAUUGCGGAAAUUCCAUGCACUCUGGAGAUUUUGGAAGAAACGCCAUUUCCACGGUGAAUUGGGGGACAUUGGGGGACAAAGGGCGGUCAACAUGGAACAUCUU